AUGACGAGUUCUCCGCCAGAUAUUUCUUCGCUCACGCUUGCUCCCCAGCGCACACGUCCUCAACACGAUGCUUACGAUCCAUCCGUCUAUCCUGAAAACAGUCGCUACCAGCACUUCCAGACGUCCCCGGCCGUCGUGCCCUCUCCUGGCCAACGAAGAGCACUUCCAUCUGCGUGGCUCAACGAGCAGCAAGACAAUGGGACAAGUCUCCCUCCAGAUGGACGUUCGAUGUCUCCUCCUCAGACGAGCGACAUCAGCUCUGGCGGUAGCCCGCCCUCGACAAACCAGCAGACGCUCGGUGGUGUGCAGUCAGCGGGUGCAGAAGACGAUAUUAUUCCAACUGCUAUAGUCAUCAAGAACAUUCCGUUCAACGUCAAGCGAGAGACUUUGCUGGACAUUAUCUCCUCGCUCUCCAUUCCCACCCCAUAUGCAUUCAACUACCACCUCGACCCAGCUGGCCAAUUCCGUGGGCUGGCUUUUGCAAAUUUCCGAGUCGCGGCUGAUGCAGACGCCGUGGUGGCUGCACUCAACGGAUUCGAUGUCCAGGGUCGCAAGCUUCGCGUCGAAUACAAAAAAGUGCUUCAGGCCGGUGAGAAGGAGCGCAUCGAACGCGAAAAGGCGCUUCGCCGCAUGCAUUCUAUGAAGCUCGAAAAAGAGCGCCAUGAGCAGGCCCAACAGCAGCAGAUGAUGAACAGUGGAAUGGGCGGUCCCAUACCAGGAUACGACGAGGGAUAUUCUCCCUUGGGAGGCCCACCUAUCCUUACGUCUCAACGUUCCUAUGGUGGUGGGAUGGCAAUUCAGAAUCCUAAUCCGUUUGCUAUGCCUCCUAUGCCUGUCGCUCAGCCGUAUAUCCCUCCUCAGUCGGUCUCACCUGUUCAACCCGCACCAAUGGUUACGUCCCACUCGAGCACGGGAAUGCACAGUAAAGUCCCCGCGACUUCGGCAGAACUGGACAUGAACGACCCCGCUACGCUCGAGAUUUACUCGCGCGUGCUGCUCUUCAAGGACGACCACAUGCGCGAUGAACUUGCCUUUGCUCGUUCGCUUUCUCCAAAGCAGCGUCGCAUCGUUCACUUGGUCGCGCAAAAGCUGGGCGUGUACCACUAUAGCAUUGGCGAGGGAGACGAACGCUAUGCAGUUGUCACGCGCAGAGAGCCAGAUCGCUCUGGAAGCAGCAAUGCUGCAAAUUCCGGAAAUGUGGGAUCGCUAGAGAAUGGAAGAAAGACGCCGAAUGCGGCAGAGUCUAGCGGCCGUAGCGGACCUGUGCGCCAUCACUCUUCUCAGGCGCUCAACCGAUCCUUCCUCGUGUCUUCGACGUCUUCCGCAAACGCGGGUGGUUCCCUGUUCAACAAUGCGCCAAGCUCGUAUAAUCAGCCGGCUUCCAGUGGCAAUUCGCCCACGGCUACUACACCAGGUGGUGGCCUUCGCUCCAAAAAGUCGAUGCCAGAUAUGAAGACGUCGAUUUAUACGCCGACGCCGCGUCUCACGACGCGUACUUCGAGUGGCAAUAUGCGUGAAGGUGGCGCGUCUAGCUUUUCCAAUUAUGCAGCCCUCCGUCGCCAGACCUCAGGCCACCUCCCUGGUCUCAACCAGCUCUUUGGGGCUCAUCUCACUGGAGGCAAUAUUCGUGCAAGUGUCUCUGGCGCUAUUGGAGACCGCCCCAUGGCAGGGCUCAACGGACAUGCUACGGAUGGUAUCCCUCCGGUUCCUUCCCUGCCAAGCACUCCCGAAGGCGGAGUCUCCAACUCGACGUCGAGCACGACGCCAGGAGGUGUGAUGAGACAGCCACGAGGCCCCGGUACCGCGAGCGGUGGCAACUUUGCAAGGCGGAGGGAGAGUGCUAUUGGACCUUUGGAGAGGAUCCCUUCGAGCAACGGGCUAGAUGCUCGUACUCACGAACCCUUGGAGAUCUGA